AUGACAGAAACUAACGUUAACAGCAAAAGUAAUUACUUUUUAAAAUACGAAAAAGAAUUAUGGAAUAUAAACCAUUUCUUAGAUUAUAGAGUAACAUGCAAUGACUUUUCGUUUACGAAGAGUACUGAACAUCUAAUUUACAAAAAUGGAAUUAAAAAAUACUUACCGGGAGAAUCAAUCGAACUAUAUACAAAGGCUUUUGAAAAGGAUAUAAAAGACGAUAGUUAUAGUAAUAAAUGGUUUGCCAUCGAGGCUUUCAAUAAUAAAGAGAAAAAAAGACAAUAUGAAGCAAUGAUAAAAAAAUUGGAAAAUAUACAUAUUACUCCAGAUAUUCCUAUACAUCAAUAUAAUAAAGCUAAUGGCCGUAUAUUUAAUAAUAUAAAGGAUUUAGAAUAUAGUAUUGAAUCCGGAAGAAAUGUGAUGAAAUAUCUUGAAAUAAUUUAUAAAACAUUCAAGAAUGAAAAAUCACUUUUUAACGUUCCAGAAAUGUCAAAUAUCAUCGAAUGUUCUGAUAAUUCACCUUUAAAGAAAAUAUUAAAAGAUGAUGAAUGGAAAGAAAUUAAUGAAAAACAUUCAUUUCAUAUUGAUGUAGACAUUACUAUUUCCAUUUAUUUGAAUCAAUUAGCUGAUUUUUUAUGUGAUGAUAACAAUAUCAUUGACGAUGAUCGUAAAAUGCCUCGUCCACCUGAUGAUAAUUUACGACAUAUCGAGCUAAAAUUUUAUUACAAAGCUUUAGUAAAAUUGAAUAUAUUAAAUAUGGAUCUAAUGGUAAUAGAAGUUGUAGGUCCCCCGCAUCGUAGAAAUAAUAAGAAAAAUCUGUGGGAUUUUAGAAGAGACAAACAUGUUAUUUAUAACAUUUAUAAUCAAUUUGAAAUAUAUUAUGUUCAUGCACAUAGAAUGAAAUGGUAUAUUUGGACAGUUGAUUACCCUGGUAAUCAAGUGUAUAGAGCAAGACCUUUAUGUGAAUUUAACAUUCCUUAUAAAAAGAAAGAUGCCGAAGAUCUUUACCAAUAUUUAAGAAUGCAUGUCAAUAAUGUCUCUAAAUUUGUUGAAGGAUUGUAUGAAUACUUAAAACAAAAGGCGAGAAACAAUCCAAAUAUAAUACAAGAUACAAAAUUCGCCAAAAUAUUGUUAGAUGGAUGUGCAAUUACAAAUCCUACUCCUUCAAGUAGCCCGAGAGACCCUCUGCCCGAUUCAAACAGCACGGCAUCUAUAGAAGAAGUUUUAUCUUCAUACAUAGAAGAAAACAUUGAGGAACUAUCAGAUGCAGAGAAUGAUUGGGACACGCCUAGAAAUUCUGACUACGAACUAGAGUAA